AUGGUCCGGCCCUCUGCCUCCCCCGCCUCCAAGGCCGUCGCACUCGCCUUCGCCCAAGCGGUCUCCCGAGCCGUCCCUGCCUCCCUCAGCCACCUCUUCAUCCCCCGCAAGGGCCGCCUCUCCCUGUACGACGCCCUCUGCGACUGCAUCCCGGCCGCCGCCCGUAGCGCGGAGCAGACGUUCGGGGGGUACGGGGUGAGGGAGGUGGAGUUCAACAAGGUCCUCGAGCACAACGGCUUCACCAAGAUCCGCGACCGCUGCAUCCUCCCCGACGAGGUGGAGGCGACGGACUUCUCGAGGAGCAGCAGCGCGCGCUACUUCUUCUCCAACCGCCGCUGGAGGAACCCCGACGACCCCCACGAGCUCCAGGAGCUCCGGCAGGCCUGGCUCAAGCUCCGCCAGCUCGCGUGGAGGCUCGGGGCGGACGUGAGCCUGGAGGCGCUGGAGCAGUGCUGCCGGGAGAGGUACGGGGCGUGGGCGGAGAUGACGGUGAACUGGAGCAAGGCGCCGCGUCGGGUGUACCGCAACAAGCACAAGGCAGGCAAGAAGGAUGGAUUGGAAGGGAAGAAAGUCUCUGGGAAGGAGGGGGCGUGGGUGGAGGAGGGGUCAGAAACAAGAUCGGUUGAGGCACACGACGAGGAUGAGAUCGCAUUCGAUGGCUUGUCCAGCGUCUGGCCUGGUGUCAUGUCUGUCAAGGAGGAGCCCUUCGAUCUGAGCAUCCCAGGCGAGGCGAGGGAGGAGGAGGAGGAGAGCUUGCUGGAGAAAGAAGAGCUCCCGCGGGUAGGAUGGUGGGAGACGCCGGAGGAGGUGACGGGCUUAGGGAGGACGGUCUGCUCUGUGUGGAGCGACGGAUGGGGAUGGGCUUGA